AUGAUGGCAUUGGCUAUGACAUUUUGCAAUGUUUCGUUGGCCAUCGUUCUGUGCUUCUUCGUCCCCCGCAUAUGGAGGAUCCUUGUCAACUCAACUUCAGUCCUCAAUCGCAUCCCUGGUUCUGUCAAACACAAGCUGUCCGAAUGGCCGCUAGUAAUCGCCAUCACGAAAGGCAAAAGUCACAUCACUAUGGUGGAUCUGCACCGACAAUACGGCCCGAUUGUUGUUCUGGCUCCUGGAAUGAUUGGAGUCUCAGAUCCCGAGGCAAUUCGCCGCAUUAUUGUGACCGAAGACUGGCCAAAGUCUCAUGCGAUCUACGCGAACUUUCGACAAGAUCCCGAACGCCCGACACUAUUGGCAUUCACCGAUAAAAAGGCCUACACUCAGCGCAAGCGAUUGGUAUCGUCUACUUUCGGCAUUCGAUAUAUUAGAGGAAUGGAGCCAAUUAUGAGAGAAUGUGUGGCCGUAGCCAUUGAUCAGAUCUCGGCUACCUGUGACAACAACCAAGGCGAAGCAGUGAUUGACAUCCAUCGACUUAUUCGCGCAUUGGCAGUGGACAUCAUUGGAGCCACUGUUUUUGGAGAAACCUUCAAUGUUGUCAAGCAGGGAAGCCACCCGCUGCCUUCGACAAUUGAGCACAGCUUGGUUCUCUCCGGUAUUUUCCAGUUUCUUCCUUGGCUGAAGGGACUUCCCUGGUUUCCAGCACGCGACCCAUACAUUGACCAGUUCACCCUGGGAAUUGUGAACCAAAGACGGGCUACCAUGACAAAAGAACCUCGACAAGAUCUUCUGCAGAAACUUGUUGAAGCUGUUGAUGACCGACCUGGCUCUCUAUUCCGUACGUCGGAUCUACAAGAUGAAGCUGUUGUCUUGUUGACCGCAGGAAGUGAAACUACAGCCAACGCAGAAAUAUUUUUAUUGAUGUUGCUGGCAAAGAACCCCGAAAAACUGGUGAAGUUGCACGCCGAGAUUGACAAAUGCUACCCGGAUGUUCAGCAAGAAACUACUGCGGAAUUGUCACUGGAGAUGCCGUACCUGCAAGCAUGUAUCGAUGAGACUAUGCGACUAUAUGCUGCUAUGGCAAGUGGCAGUCCACGAGAGACUGUCGAUGACACAGAGAUACUGGGAUAUCAAGUUCCCAAGGGGACUACAGUCUUCCCGACGACAGCCACACUCCAUCUGGAUCCUUCGAUAUGGACUGAGCCGGAAGAGUUCAUUCCAGAGCGUUGGAUUGAGUCGGGCCCUAAUGACCCGAAACGGUCAAUUAUGCCAUUUUACCCAUUUUCCGCAGGUAGUCGAGUCUGCAUUGGGAAGCAUUUUGCUUUGCAGGAAAUGUUUCUGUCUGUUGUGACGCUGCUAAGAAAGUUCACAUUGGAGUAUGUCGGCGGACAGGACGAAUCGACCGUCUUCAGGGUCGCGUUACAGCUUCAGGCUGGAAAGUACAUGAUGAAGGUUCGGUAUCGAUAG